CAAAUCCUCUGAGAGAGAAAGACAGCAGUGUCUGCAAACUUCAAGGUGAGAGAAAACUAAGAGCUGAAGAGGCUGCGUUAGUAUUUGAGACCGCCUUGUCCUCCAGCAGUCAGAAGUGUGCGCGUGUCAGAUGAUGGCACCGCAGGUCGUCAGCUCACCCUUCCUGAAGCCUUUCUUUCUGAAGACACCGCUGAGCGUCGCCAGUUCUCGACGGCAGAGACGACACACAUUACCAGCCAGUGAGUUUCGUAAUCUCACCCCACAGGAUGCCAUUAGUGUGUUUGAGAUAGAGAGAGAAGCAUUCAUCUCUGUUUCUGGUGAAUGUCCACUCACCCUUGAAGAGGUGCUUAGUUUCCUGGGCCAUUGUCCUGAGCUUUCGUUGGGAUGGUUUGAAGAGGGCCAGCUGGUGGCUUUCAUCAUCGGAUCUGGCUGGGACAAAGACAAACUAGAACAGGAGGCCAUGACCACACACGUCCCAGACUCUUCCACGGUACACAUCCACGUGUUGUCUGUGCACCGUCACUGUCGGCAGCAGGGCAAAGGCUCGAUCUUGCUUUGGCGCUAUCUGCAGUACCUGCGCUGUCUUCCCGGUCUCCGCCGAGCCCUGCUGGUCUGUGAGGAGUUCCUGGUGCCCUUCUACCAGAAAGCUGGCUUUAAGAAUAAGGGUCUCUCUGCCAUCAAUGUGCCGGCUUUGACCUUCACAGAGAUGGAGUAUCAGCUUGGAGGCCUGGCUUAUGCACGACGAAACAGCGGAUGUUAGUUUCUUUAGCUCAUUCGAUCCUGAUUCAGGACACCAUGCAUAGAUUCUGGACGGCUCUUGGCAAUCACAGACUUAAAGCCCUACUACCACCUGAGCAAGAACCAGAGACUUACGUAUGAGUGUAAAUGAGUGCCAUUUACAGAGAUGGAAGCACUUACAUUUGGGUAUAUGAAGGCUAAGGAUGUUGUUUGUUGUUGUUUUUUUCUUUCUCUUGUACUACACGAGAUACACUGCACACUUUACUGGUCAAGACACAGUGGCUGCUUUUAACAGUUAAUAAAGUGAUUUUAGAAAAAACAAAAAAAAUCA